AUGCGGCUGUUUCUUCUACUGACACUGGUUGCUACAACAAUGUGUGCUCAAAACACGUAUGUCGUCAUCGCCCCAUCAACGAUCCACCCCAACAUGAACUUCACCGUCAGCGUCAACAUUCUCAAGGCCACCGAUGACGUCACAGUCGUCGCCCAAGUUCUAAGGGAAGCAACUCUCGUGGGUAGCGGUGUGAACCUUUUUAAAGCCGGUAUUCCGGGUACCAUCACGAUAAAGUUGCCCCCUGGAAUGCCUAAUGGCGACUACACGCUGAAAGUCGUUGGCAGCGGCGGUUUGGUAUUUGAUAACUCUAAGAGUCUCAGCUACAACAGCAAAGAAGCUUCGUUGUUUAUACAGCUGAAUAAGGACAUCUUUAAGCCUAGUGAUACAGUGAAAUUUAGAGUGUUUGGUGUGUAUUCCGACUUACAGUCCUACAAAGGAACAAUGGACAUUUAUAUUUAUGACGCGAAGGAAAUUAAGAUCAAACAGUGGGUCAAGGUCAGUCCAGAGAAAGGGGUCAUCGCCCAGGAGAUGACCCUCUCGUCCCAGCCAGUCCUUGGCGACUGGAAAAUAUCAGUGGAAGCUGGCAAAAUGAAAGAAGAAAAAUCAUUUACUGUAGCUGAGUAUGUUCUACCCAAGUUCAAGGUCGAGGUCAUCAUGCCACCUUACGUUUUGACCAGCGAUUCUGACAUCACGUUUACUGUUAAGGCAAAGUACACCUAUGGUAAACCAGUCAUAGGAAGCGCGAACGUCCAAGUAAACCUACACGACUACUGGGAGACGAAACCCGUGUACACAGCGACUGUCCCGAUUGACGAAGAAACCAGGGUGAUGAUACCUGUGUCGAAGGUCAAGGACAUUCGAGGCAAGCUGAAUAAACUCACCCUUACUACCAUCGCCAUCGUGACAGAGUCUUUAACCGGAAUCAAGGUGUCCAGUAGUGGAACGGUCACCAUUUACGACGAAAGUGUGAAGUUACAGAUGCUAGUGGACAACCGCAACUUUAAACCUGGUCUACUGUACCCCAUCGAUGUAAAACUCUCACAGCCGGACGGGCGUCCGAUCGGCCCCACCAAUGAAAACGUGAAGAUUAAAAUCAGAGGCCAAGAUAGCAAAGGGGACAGUUUCCUUUCUUCAUACAUAGACAUACUUGAACAGACCCUGAGCGUCCCUAGCAAUGGUCUGGUCACUCUACGUCCACAGAUACCACCAAACGCCGAGUUCAUCUUUAUAACAGCGUAUUUCCGGGAAAUGUCCGGAACAGCGUGUGUAGCAAUGAGUUAUUCUCCUAGUAGCUCAUACCUCCAAAUCUAUCAACAUUCUACUUCUAUAAAGCCAGGGGACACAGUAUUAUUUUCAGCCCAAGGUACUGAAGAAUUGCCAACCCUUACGUACCAGAUUCUCUCUCGAGGAAAUAUAGUAAAAUCUGGCACAAUAAAAGGCAACAAUCAGAAGAGCGUCUCUUUCUCCAUCGUCUCUGAACCCAGCAUGGCGCCCUCUGCCAGAAUCGUCGUCUACUACGUCAGACCAGACGGUGAAGUUGUCCCAGACAGUAUCAACUUCGACAUCAGCGGUGCUUUCAAUAAUAAG